AUGUCGAACAACGACAAGUUGCCUCCAGCGAAUAUCUUAGCAAGACACGUGCAAUCUGGGCUCGAAAACACGGCGAGCGCCGAGGCGGUGGUCAAAUUGGUCGCGGUGUUGAAUGGCCUCGCGCGUCACGAGGAUAAUAAGAGGUAUGACCAAUGGAUAUACCAGGCGAUUGUUCGCGCCGUCGAUGUCCCGCCUGCGCACAUCAGCGCAUUGGAACUGGCAGAUGCGCUUGAAGCACGCCUCACCCGUCGCGAAGGUGGAGAGUCUUGGCCAGCGGCCGCUCUGGUUGCUGCACCCUGUCUACGGGGGGGGCAAGCACUGGUGCUGAGAGGUGUUAGGGGUGUUGCUGCGAUUGAGUCUCUGGUCAGGGCACUGAAAUCUGGUAAUGGCUCAUACAAGUCCAUCUCGCCGAGCAAAUACGCCGACUCUCUGCGUGCGACGCUUCGCAGGGGUGCGUCUGCCCUUGAGUCGGUAUCGCCACUACUUGCUAAUGCGGCCUGGGCUUGCCGGCAUGUGGCGCUUGAGGCCUUCAUGGCAGUCAAACCAGAUGAUAGAGACAACACAGCAAUCGAGGCGCUCCGUGGACUCGAAGCGCACAAGAAGGCAGCGCCGACAGCAAUGAGAGCCCGUGCCAGGUGGUUUGCAUUGCUUGAGACCGAGCUAAAGCCAUGGCAAGCAGCACCAUCCAUCGUUGUUGAAUGGUACUUGAGGCACGCCUCAGCAUUGGACUCGGUACAUGAUUACGAUGGCGCUUUUGCCAUGCGGCGAAAGGGCCGCGGCUACCUCGGUUGCAAAGAUCUACUCUUUCACGGCCUCCUUUUCUGUGGUGAUUUUGAGCGUAAAGCGAAUCCUGUGAUGGCGUUAGCGGAAGCAGCGCGAUGCUUGCAUGCCUCAUUCAAUGGCAACGCAGCACAACAAUAUGAUGCUCCCAUGCGGCGGCGUGCUUGGGCGGCACUUGCACAUGCACCCGCGGCACUAAGGCGAUAUCAUCAAGCGCCUAGGGACACAGAUAGAACUGCUGAGCUUGUGCUCCUUGCUCUCGGAGACGCAGCUGCCGUUUGUGAAAGGCGUGAUGGUGCUGAUACCCGACGCGCUGAUGCUCAACGGGCUGACGCAUACUGGCAUGCAGCCGUACUUGCUGCAAAACGGGCUGAAAUUUCUGUGGCCAUAGCGCGGUGCGAUAUUGCUGCGGAAACGUCUUUGCGAUCCCGCACCGUCAUUGGCCUCGCCGCGGUCGCUAUUGCUAGCUUGUGUCAAGCAGCAGAUGCACGCGAAUUACGCAAUGUCAACACACUGUUCCAGCGUGCCAUCGCGUUACCAGAGAGUAGUGCAGCGGCUUGGACCGCUUUGUCAGAUUGUCUUGACCGCCUUGGGCGGAGUGUAGAUGCAGCGGCGGCUGCAGCGGCGGCCGCAUGCCGCUGCGAGGAUAUUCCUGCAAUCCAAGCAGCAGUUGAACGCUUUUCACGUUCUGUUGCGCGUUUGGGCAAUUCCGCACCUUCUUUACUUGCUGCGCUUAGGCUAAGCGGUGGGCCCCUUGCCAGUUUAGUGCUGCAAGAACGGUUUCGCAUCUGCCAGGCCGGGGAGAGUGGCGCGGCACUUGUCACCGCUGCAGAAGAACUGGCGUGCUGGGACGCUCUGCAUGCAGCAAGGGCGUUGUCAUGUGCCAGUAUUGCCAUUCUCCAGUAUGGGAGGCGCCAAGCGGGUCUCGCGCUCGCGCAACGCAGCCUAAAAGCCGUGAUAAGCUGCAAACCCGUAGCCACCGCAUUGGCGAGUUGCACUUUGGUCGUCGCAACAUCACGUAGUACGUUUGCAGAUGAUGAUGACAUUGGACAAAACAAUGGGGACUCGGCUCUUACAUCUCUUAUGCACCUUUCUGAUCUGCCCCGUUCAGAUAUUACAUCUCUCGCAUCAGCAGUCGUGGCUCUAGGCCACAUGUUUGCUGCCAAUGGCAAUUUUGUGAGCGAGGCAUUGUCAAACGGCAGGCUUGCAGUUAUGGCCUCACAAAUGCACCGUGCGGCAACAACUGCAACUGCAGUUGUCGUUGCGGGCGUUGGAUUUUCCCGCCUGGCGCAGAGCAUGAGUUACUGCCUUGAAAUCAGCUUCGCUGGCAUCUCGAUGCAAGACAGGUGCCGUGACGUGAGUACCAUCGAGGCUCGACAUUCAGGGAUUCUAGCGCAUGGUAUGCUCAAAAGUUUUGACGGUGGUAAAUAUCUCGCCACAGCUCUCGAUGAAGCACGUGCCGCUUGUUUCCCUCGCGCUGAACUGGAGGCCUGUUUGACUUGUUUUGACAAGCGAUCAAUCUGCGGUAACAACGGGCGUUGUGAAGACGCCGCUCGAACACGCGAGGCUGUUCUCACACUUCGACCACACUGUGGACGAGCUGUACUCCUCAAGGACUCUGCAUUAUCCAGGGAUGAUGCAAAGAGCGUCCUCUGGCUCCAACUUGCUGAAAUUUGGCUCGCCCGUGGCUGUGGCUCGCGCGCAGAAAGAUAUGUUUCUCGUGCACUGGGCUGCGAGCCUGGAGUAGUGUGCGGUCAGAUUGACUUUGCGAAGUCCCUGCGUCUCCGGAUUGCAACUCGGGCACGUCACGCACUUGAUGUCGGUGAUCUACUGAGGCGCCAGGGCAAUCUUAAAGGUGCAGAGGCCUCCUACUUGGACGCCAACGACGCACUGAUUCUCACCAAUGAUGAUGGAGCUUACCUUUGUUACCGCCUCGGCUGCCGGCUCCUUCAUCGUGCAUCACAAAACGACGCAGUCAUCAUAUCAGAGGCCCUGAAUCUAUUGCGGUGCGCGUAUCUCACCGCACGACGUUCAUGCCACCGGAAGCUGGCCACAAAUAGCGCGCGAGUCUUUGCUGUUGCGAUUCUCACCGCCGUACCUGGCGCAUUUUCUUCCCCUCUUGUUGCACUGCUUGUACAUGCAUCGCUUGGACGCGCACGCCUUGCCACCGAGGCGAGUGAUGACCCCGAUGGUGCCUUGAGCGCUGCGGCAGCCCAAGUUUAUGAGCUACUUGACAUACUCCUUGCUGGAGACAUAGAAUGUCUGAGUUGGUGUGAGCACCUCAAAGCGAAUGAAUGUCGCGGCACCAUUAAACUUGACCAGCUCCUCGCCCCACUCCCUCGGACCUACGUCACUGUGGCAACUGUCAUUGCGCCAACAGGACACAUAGUCGUUGCUCGCCUGCAGCACGGCCGGCCACCGUUGACGCUGUGCAGAUUGCUCCCGCCGCUGUGGUACGUCUCGCAUGGCCAUCGCACCACAGUUGGAGUGUGCCAAGAAGCCCUCUGCGCUUCGUCGUUGGGUCUUCGCACAGGCAAUCCACCGGCACAUAGUGAGAAGCAAUCCGCCAACACUACCUUUCAAGAUGAGAUGAACAAUCUGGAUGAACUCGGCAGGCCUGUAGCGACAAGUAGUAUGAAUGCAGCCAAGUGUAAGGCCUGGUGGCGUCAGCGUCACGCUCUGGACACUCUUCUGGAGGGUGGUCUUGGUGAGUUCGAAGAGACCUGGCUUGGUCCUCUGCGCGCUCUCUUAGUAACAGCAUCUGUGCCGACAUGCAGCUAUCCAAAAAUCAUGGACGAUGAGCGGACCCGGAAACCGCUCCAAGAGCUAAUGCGACUCUGUGUCAAUGUAGAGCCUCGUAUGAGCAAUGCUGAUGUCAACGCCCUGCUCCGUGCUACCGCAGGCAUCUUUGACGCAAAAUCUGCGGCUGUACCCCUGUCGAUGCUCGAGCUCAGGGAGGGGUUGGCUGCAGCUCAGUUGUCAGCUGUCUCAACCCUGAAGGCUGCGGAACUCACGGUCAUACUUGGUGGUUUGAGGAUAAGUACGGUUGGACUCAAAAAGCAGUUGGUGGGCCGCCUCUCCGCAGCACUCCAAGGUGCCGCCACUAGUGCCAAAAUCUCAAAGUUCAAUGAGACUUGUGGUGUUGCGGCGACUGUCAAGCGCCAGCCUUUGAUCCUGGCUCUUGAUGAACGGCUUCAACGUCUGCCAAUUGAGGAUCUAGCAGUGCUGCGUGUCAUACCAACGUCGCGCGUACCCUCGAUUGCAUUAGUGCUUGCACUCGCAGCACGAAUGCACUUCAGCGCACAGCGUGUCGGCUGUUAUGGCCCAUCACGGAUUUGUUGUGUCGUUGACCCCGAGGCAAACCUGCCAACAACACGUAAAACAUUGAAUGGCUUUCUUGAUAGUGUCCAGCAACACAGGAAUGUCAUUUGGGUUCGGAUUGCGACGGAAAGAAGUUUAUCUAGUGCAAAUAUUGCGGCCCAACUUGCCAACGAACUGCGAGACUGUGCCAUCUAUCUCUUCUGUGGACAUGGUCACGGCGCUGUCUACCUGAACUGCGCCCUCGAGUCUAGAAGAUUCGUACCCACAUCACUUCUCAUGGGUUGCUCUUCUGGUACCCUCUCCAGUGAGGGCGACUUUGAGCCAAGAGGGAUCCCACUCGAACUAAUCGCCAGAGGCGCUCCGACAGUCGUCGCUAUGCUAUGGGAUGUCACCGACCGCGAUAUUGACCGUGUCACACUCAAUCUACUUGAUUCCAUUGGUAGUCACGUGACUAGAUCUUUUCCCGAGCUCCUCAAUGAUGCGCGGGCAAAGACAAAGCUCCGUAAACUAAACGGUGCCGCGCCUGUUUGUUACGGCCUUCCUGUAUCUCUUUCUGAUAUUGAGUGCGCGCAUGCUCUAUCAUUACUUCGUACUUCACCCCCAGCCCUGACUCUAGGACUAGGAUAUGAUAAAAUAAGGACACUACUAGUCGCCUGCGAGAAGCCUCCAGUCGCUCAUCUCGCGCGGUGCUUGCGCCUCGUCACAAAUCGAAAACUCGAAGCCCGCUGCCAACGAUCAGCUCGUUUAGUCGCGGGUAGGGACGCGGCUGUAUAUUCAGUAAAACUUGAGCGAUGUCGAUCUCUUGCAAUAGCCUUCAAAACGGCCGUGCCGCGAAUCGAAAAGGCUUGUUCUACCUGGUGUGACGUGAAGCGUGCUGACGAAGCUGCCCUUCUCAACGCCGCCAUAGCAGAGAUAGAAUUAUGUCUUGGUCAAAGUUUUGGUGGCGGAAAUUGUGGUAUAUACGUUGGCUUACUGAAUCCUGGAGCAAAAACCUUGACUUACGUAGCCACGAGCUCACAUAGCCCAGUGAAAGAACAAAGACUAAAAGCCGAUGCAGGUGUACUUUCUCGAUGUAUCACAAAAGGUGAAACAGUCACCGUCGAAAAUAUUGAGAUAAGCAAGGAAAGCGAUCUGAAAUUAUUCGGAAGUCCAGACGGAAAUUAUCCAUUCAUUUGCACUCCACUGCGUGCCGAAACUGGACGCCCUCUAGGCAUCCUCGCAGUAGAUGGCUUCUGUUCCAAUGCCAUGCCACUUGAUGCAAUGACAGCCCCCCAGUCUAUUUCCUCGGGGAUGAGGACAAGCGCUGCUGAUUUUCACAUUCGACUUGCACCCUUUCUUGCUAAGAAUGAUGACGCAUGCAAGAGAAUUAAAUUUUGGAAAUUACAAAAUGAUAACAAGAAUGAAAAUGUUUAUGAAAAUAGUAUCAAUAGGGUUGCCGCGUCCAAGGGUGUCGGAAUGGUUUACAGCAUACGGUGGGAAGAUGGCAAAUGCGAGACAGAGAUCUCUUUUCGGGCCCUGAAAGAAAGGCUCCGAGCUACACCCGCCGGUCUUGGUGUCGGUGUGCCGUGUGAUACAGCUCUGCAGGGUUUUUUGGAAUACGCAGGAAAGAUAAUUGGUGAUCGUCUGUUUCGGCUCCGGCUGAUAAUGCACGUCGACAAAAUCCUCCGUGUCCCAGAGAUUUCAAACAGUACAACGAAUGAACUCUACCAACAAAGUCUGCGAUCAUCCAUGACUUGCAUGUUGAGUGCACGUGUUGCUGAAAUCUGGGAGUACGACCAAAAUUACUCCAUAAAUGUUGUGGCUCGCCUGGGACUAAAGUUCAAGUUUCAGAAACUGUGCACUCCGCGUCGACUUCUUGAGAUCCCUAUGCACAGACGAUAUCUUUUCUGGGAGCACGUCAGGACCCAAGCGAGCUUCCCGAUGCCACACGCAAACGAAAUUAUCGUCGCACCAUUCGGAUGUCAUCAAUCAGACGUGAGUUCAAGGCACCUCUUGGUAGUUACGUGCGCACCGGGUGAAGUCGAUUCGAAAGAUGUUAUAUGUCUGCGAGAGAUGAGCAUCGCACUUGCUGCGGCAACCCAGCGCAUGCGUUUUAGAGAGAUGCGAGCAAGUGCUCGAAAACAAACACUGCAACAUGCGAGCUUGCUUUGCGACAACCAUCUGGCGUCAGCAUCUGCUCUGAAAUCCGGAGCUAUGACACUAAUUAAACAUUGCUUUCCAUCGUCUAAUGUCUAUCUAGGAUUCUUACAAGCUGGUGGCGAUAAUAUCAGAAUCCAAAGUCAAAGCGAAUGCCGUUCACACCACAGUCUCAUAUUUAAAUGUCUUCCGCCGACGUCUUUGGGGAAUAUAGUACAAUACGGGAAACUCUGGUAUGCUGCUACAAUACAGAAAGAUAGGGGACACCUCAAAUAUGACAUAACAUAUGACCUAAAGGACUGGAUGGGGCGGCAUGAACUGGAAGCGGGAGUUCCCGUCGCGCGUCUGCAGCAUGCACCAACAGAAUGCCCACGGGCGAUUUCAGGCGCCGUGGCGACAAUCAUACAAACCGAUGAUGACCCCUGGCCCAUCUUGAUAGCCCCCAUUGGUCAGCACUUGGGAAUCAUUUGUGUCGAUUCAUGGUCAAAGAAAAACCCAGAGGCUGAUCAUGAUGAGCUCAAGGUACAACACAUUCCAAUGGCCUGGAUCGUGGAACAGAGGGGGACAUGCUUAACCGUCGCCGCAAGAUACUGGCUAGCGAAAGUUGCCCUGGCCAGUCAUCCAUCUAUUCGGUUUUUGUCUGUUUUUGAAGACUGUCGGAGUCUCUCUGCGUUCCCUGCGUUACUCUCCAGUCACAGGUUCAAGCACAACGCCGCUACUUGGAGAGACAUGGCAUUUAGCACGAAGAUGACCGAAAUUGCGCAGCGAUCUUUGAGCAGUGUGGCGGUCUUUGCGUGUCUUUCUCUGAUUAGAGCUGACACUUUGAAUGCGCUUGAAGAUCUAUGCGCCAGAGACAACGCUCAACUGCGGAGUACGUUGCGACAAGCGACCGAAUUGAUUUCGAAGUUGGUUGCAUCAAUGGACGUAUACGUUGGAUAUGCAUUGCCAGGAGAUGGCAGCAUCUGUGUUUUGUGCUCCUCACCAAAGAUCAACACGAUCCAUUCACAGCUUUUGGAACGAGAAGACGAACACGUUGUAGUGCGCUGCAGGCCCCUGCCGCAGUCAGCAACACUAAUGAUGAGUUUGAGUAUUCACACAAUACCUAGUGGCGAGAUGGCACAUGAUUUAGCUUGCUAUUCUGAAAAUGAAAACCCAAGUUUAACUGGGAACGUAUUCUUGUCGUCUGCUUCGGUUUCGAGCAUGCUCUAUUCCCCGGGACAGUACGUCUGUGUAUUUUGUGGUAUUGAUGGCGUGGAGCUCGGCAGGACUACACCUUCUUCUCGUUCGUUGCAUCCAGAAUGGACCAACUUGCAUAUACCCCUUUCCCAUUCAUGUGAAAUACUUGUCAAGCUGAUGUGCUCUUCCCCUGAGCUUUCAGAUUCUGUCAUCGGAAUGGCCACACUAUCUCGUUAUUCAUUGAUAUAUUUACCGCGAAGCAAAGCUGAAGUGAAGCUGCGCAUGCCCAUCACGAGCGACAUGCUCUCCAAGGAGACAGCUACAGAUGUUGGAGCGUCUCAUGUCCUUCGACAGGAGACGAACGAGAUUGUCCUCAUCUUGCGCAUACAGCAAGUUUUGAUACAGCUAGAACCUCAGGCUACCCACUCUUCUUCACCAGCUGCUACCGAUCCAAUCUCCACAACACGCUUGGUGGACGGCGUUUUGGAGUUUCAGAGCGUGGGAGUAGAAUUAGCGCCCGCUGUUCUCUCUAGAAUAGAGGCAGCCUGUUUUAAGAGGGUGCCAUGCCAUCUUAGAUGCGAUGGCUCGGUCGACUUGAUCGUUGUGCCAUUCAAUGAUCUUGCGGUGAAAAUAGGACAGCACGUCGUUGGACCAGAGGGAGGGACCAACUUUGCUACAAUUCUUGCGUGCUCAACUGGUUGUAUCGACAUGAGCACCUUCUGGUUUGUGCGCGACGUGACCAGACGGAUGGAAGCAAACGUGCGGUACAGCCGACAGAGGGAACUUCGCGAUAGUGCGCGAUCUUACGCCUGUCGCCAAAUCUUGCUUCCAUUUGCAUGCGUGCCGUUGGAGAAUGCGGGAUCUAUGCUUGGGAUUUUAGGGGCAGAUACGUUUGAUUACGUCAGCAAAUGUCGCGAAGGAGUCGAUAGUCCUCCUGAAGAUGGUUCAAACGUCGUGGUGAAUAGCCCAAUCCAUGUUAUUGAAGGAAUGGCGGACAGGCAACUGGACGAUUUGCGGUCAAUAUCGCAGAUGGACAUUGGCAAAUUACUUCAAGCUACUCUGUAUGCCAGCCACCUAAAGCCUCAUUUUGUUGGCAAUGCCCCACGAAGGAUGAUUGUGCCCUUCGUUGGACUUGAAGAUCACAAGAUCCUUGUGGUGAAUCUAAGAUUCAACUCACAGCCACGUGCCAUGGACGUUGCCUAUGUUCUGACGGUCGCCAGGCGCAUGCAAGUAUUGCUACCGAGUCGCCAUCUUCAGAUUGCGCCCAGCGCCUGUCACGAACUGAAUCCUAUACGCGCCAUCUAUCUGACAGAAAGCAUCAUUUGAGCUGACGUU